GGACGUUUUUCUCACCUUGACUCUCCCUGACUCCAUCUCCCCUGCCCUUUUCCCUUGUGUGUUCCGCCAGUCCCGCCAAUUGACACGUAAAUAUCAUUUCCUUUUUCGAAUUUUAAUUUUAUAUAUGUGUACAACAACAACAAGGUUUAUUCGAGUGCUAAAUAACUGCAGAGUUAAAAGCUUUCUUUUUUUUUUUUUAAAAAAAAAGGAAUUUAGUAGUAGCAUGAGAAAAUCUCUGGAGAGAGAGAGAGAGGAAGGGGAGAGGGGGAAGUUUUAGUUGUAUUUAUAAUAUAUGGUCAAAAAGAGAGUGUGUGGGAGCUAUAAGUUUUGUGUAAAGCGUACACGAAGCCGAAGACAAAAGCCGGCUUCUUCAUCUUCUUCUUCAACAUCUGUUUUGCUUCAAACUUCUCUCUCGCUUACCUUAAAGUUUCUGUUUUAUUGUGCGCUUUACUUUCUUGUUUUGGUUGUUCGAUUCAUUUCAUCUUUUCUUUUUUGAUGAUUUGAUCGGGUAAAGGAAUAGAGAGGAGGGUGCCCAAAAAGUUUUUUCUUUUUAAAAAUUUUUGUAAAAAAUUAGGAUUGGAAUAUGACAAGUUGAUUGAGCUUUUCUUAUUGAAAAUCUGAUAUAUUUCAGAAAUUUAAGGAAUUUUUUUUUGGGGGUUUGGUUUGAUUUUUGAGGGGAUGGGUUGCUUUCCUUGUUUCGAUUCAAGGGAAGAGGAGAAGUUAAAUCCCGUCAAAGAAACCGAUGAUCGAAAGCAAGGCCAACCAACCGUUUCCUCUAACAUUUCCAGAUUAGCUUCAGGAGGGGACAGGCUCAGAUCAAGAAGUAAUGGAGGGUCCAAAAGGGAAUUACCAAGUCCCAGGGAUGGGCCUGGUGUCCAAAUUGCUGCUCAAAUUUUUACUUUUCGUGAGCUUGCAGCUGCAACAAAGAAUUUCAGGCCAGAGUCUUUCUUAGGUGAAGGUGGAUUUGGACGUGUGUACAAAGGGCAGCUUGAGAGUACUGGUCAGGUUGUUGCCGUCAAACAGUUGGAUAGAAAUGGUCUCCAGGGUAACAGGGAAUUUCUGGUUGAGGUUCUCAUGCUCAGUCUUCUUCAUCAUCCUAAUCUAGUUAACCUGAUCGGUUAUUGUGCUGAUGGAGAUCAACGGCUUCUUGUCUAUGAAUUCAUGCCCUUGGGAUCCUUGGAAGAUCACCUUCAUGAUCUUCCUCCUGAGAAGGAACCACUAGAUUGGAACACAAGAAUGAAGAUUGCAGCUGGUGCUGCUAAAGGUUUGGAAUACCUGCAUGAUAAAGCAAAUCCUCCUGUUAUAUACAGGGACUUCAAGUCCUCCAACAUAUUACUGGAUGAAGGAUUUCACCCGAAGUUAUCUGAUUUUGGGCUUGCAAAACUUGGUCCUGUUGGAGACAAAUCACAUGUUUCCACCAGGGUUAUGGGCACAUAUGGUUAUUGUGCUCCUGAGUAUGCUAUGACUGGUCAAUUGACAGUGAAAUCUGAUGUUUAUAGUUUUGGGGUGGUCUUCUUGGAGCUAAUUACAGGACGGAAAGCCAUUGACAGCACACAACCCCAUGGAGAACAAAACCUUGUUACAUGGGCACGUCCAUUAUUCAAUGACCGCCGCAAAUUUUCAAAAUUGGCGGAUCCCCGACUGCAGGGACGAUAUCCAAUGCGAGGUCUCUACCAAGCUCUAGCCGUGGCAUCCAUGUGCAUUCAAGAGCAGGCUGCCACACGUCCUCUGAUUGGGGAUGUGGUCACUGCCCUCUCUUAUUUGGCAAAUCAGGCAUACGAUCCUAAUGCGGCAGGGCAUGGCUACAGAGGCCCUGGAGAUAAGGAUGACAAAAGAUACAGAGAUGACAGAGGAGGAAGGGUGUCAAGGAAUGAUGAAGGAGGAGCAUCUGGUCGUAGGUGGGAUUUGGAAGGGUCUGAGAAGGAAGACUCCCCCAGAGAAACUGCGAGGAUGUUGAAUAGGGAUUUGAAUAGGGAAAGGGCUGUAGCCGAGGCCAAAAUGUGGGGAGAGAAUUGGCGAGAAAAAAGGAGGCAAAGCGCGCAGGGUAGUUUCGAUGGGUCUAAUGGGUAGUAUCCUAGCAAAACUGGUGUGCACCAUCUUCCACCUCAGUGUUUAUCCAGCUUUCUCACAUUAACUGGGUGAAGACACGUUUCUAGCUUUUAUCUGCCUGGUCCAGCGAAAAAGCUUGGCAAUGCUUUCUUCCUCUGAAAUGGAGACAGGUGGUGGGCUUUGUUAGGGACUUUGGUGCUAACAUGCGCUUAACCUCUUCUUUUUUUUUUUUUUCAAAUUUUUGUUUUUUUCUCUUUUUUUCACUUUACAUCCUUUCAUUGAAGCAUAGAAGAAGAAGACGAAGAAGAAGAAGAAGAUGAUGAUGA